AGGAUUUUGUCACUCUAUCCGGAGAACCUAAUUCCGAACGAGAAUAGACUUGAGAGCCGCUCUGAGAAUUAGGGUUUUUGGGGAGAAUUAGGGUUUUGGGAAAAGGGAAUGAAUGGGUGGCAAAUGUCCUCAUAGAAAAGUGAAGAAGCGGAGGCUUUCUCACAAAUCAGCCCGCAGAACCAAGUUUCUCGUCAAAGGCGACGAUAUGAUAUAUAAAGCGGUUCAAAAGCCUGAGGAGGAAUUGAAGCCACUGCCUUUGGAUGAAGACUUGCCUGGAAUGGGUCAAUUCUACUGCCUUCAUUGCGAUCGGUAUUUUUCGAAUACUUCUGCAAUGGAUGAUCACUUUCAAACCAAGCGCCACAAGAAACGUGUGAAGCAAAUGAUGGGACCUGCACCGCAUACACAAUUGGAUGCUGAGUUGGCUGCGGGCAUGGGUAUGCCUGACAAUGGUCCCAAGCUCAUGUCUAUGUGAGUUUACAUUGUAAAAUAACUAAACUUCUGUUUUUUUUGAUUUUCCAAUUAGCGAGAAAUUUUUUGAAGAUCACGUUAAUUUUGUUGCUUAAAACAUGCAAAAGCUUUUUAGAGUGAGGCUGUUGUUGUCCGGAACUGUUUUGGCUAUUUGUUAGGAGUGACAAGCUUUAAAUAGAUUGUGAUAGUCAAUUCUAUAUGAUAAAGAGCAUUUGAGAAUAA